AGAUUUAUAUUCUUAAGGCAUGAGAAUUGCCUAGAAUUCUUAUCUUGUCUUCUAGAAAAACCCCAGAUCAAACAUUUGUAGAUGAUAUCACCUUCUUGAUCAAACUCAAGAACAAGAUAGAUUUCUGCUCUAUAGUCCCUAAGACAUUCAGUUUUACAUCCUUUAUACACUAAGAACUCAAACUCAUGGCACCCAUAAAGCUACAUGGAGUUCCAUUUUCAACAUGUACGGCUCGUGUGAUGGCUUGCCUCGAAGAGAAAAACGUCCAGUAUGAGAUUUGUCCGGUCGAUCUUAGUACCGGAGCACACAAACGUCCUGAUUUCAUUUCCAAGAAUCCAUUUGGUCAGAUUCCAGUACUUGAAGAUAGAGAUAUCACUCUUUUUGAAUCAAGAGCCAUCUGUAGUUACAUUGCUCACAAAUACAAAGACCAGGGAACAGAUCUACUUCAACAUGGCAAUCUUCAUGGUUUCACAAAAGUAAUGGUUGGAUGUGAAGUAGAAUCUCAACAAUUCAACCCUGCAAUGGGACCUAUUUUCUUUCACACCUUCAUUGCUCCUAUGAGAGGUUGGGCACCAGAUCAGAAGGCCAUCGAUGAGAACGUCGUGAAAGUCGGGGCAGUCCUUGAUGUUUAUGAAAAGAUGCUUAGCAGCAGUAAAUAUCUUGCAGGAGAUAGUUAUACACUAGCUGAUCUUAAUCACCUUCCUUAUAUUACCUAUAUUAUGAAGACUCCACAUGCUAAUUUGAUCAAUUCUAGGCCUCAUGUUAAGGCAUGGUGGGAAGCUGUUUCAUCUAGGCCAGCUUCACUAAAGGUUACCCAAGAAAUGACCUUGGGUAGCAAGCGAUCACUUGGUUCCGUAAAAUGUUUGUCACAAAACCUCUCUAGGGCGCAUUUGUGGUGUGAUGUACUCAAUUUUAAUAAGCGUACAGGGAAUGGAAUAUGCAAGUGCGUUAAAGUGGUCGUACCUAUAUUAAUGAAAUAGUAUUGUUGUCUC